AUGAGGACUUCAAUACCCAAUAAAGGUUUAGAUGAUUUAAGAUCAAGUAGACAAACAAAAGAAGGUCAUAAUAAUGAUCAAAAGAGGGAAAGGAAUGAUACAGAAGAAGAGCUUGUGAAACUACUGGAAGAAAAUUUCAAACUGAAGGAAGAGCUAACAAGAUAUAAGGAAGAUAUAACUAGUACAGAUGAGCUAUAUGGCCAGAUGAAAAAUUUGUUAGACGAGAGUAUAUCCAAACUUAAAGAUAAAGAUGAAGAGAUCCAGAAAAUAUUGAGUAUGUAUGAUACUUCAAAUAUAAAGUGGAAAUCUUAUGUAUCUAGUAUGGCAAAACAACUUAGUAUAAAUAAUGAGAGGUUUAAAGACAUAAAUCAAGAUCGAGAUAAUAUUAAAGAUAAACUUCGAAAAUUAGAGAAACAAAGUGCAGAACAAGAAACAAAAAUCUCAAGUUAUGAGGAAUUAAUACAGGUAGAUCAACUUCUUUUACAACAGUAUAAAUUAGUAGAAGAAGGGUUAAGAAGUGAACUAGACAAACUAACCAAGGCUAGUUUAAAUUUUAAAAAUACCCUAGAAAAAUUACACAAAGAUUAUCUAUGCGAAAGAGAAAAGUAUAAAAUAAUAAUUGAGAAACAAAGUCAAAAACUCUCUAAUCUAUCAGUCACUGUUGAGAAAUUUAAAGGACGCUUCACUUAUAAUAUAGGUAAUAAAAAUGGUAUACUUGAUAAAUUACUUGAUCAAGAAGUACUAGACAAAGUUAACAAUUUUAAGGAUGAAGAAAUUAUUAAGGGAAUAAUGAGUCCUUUAGAAUAUGAACUUGGAAUAUUAUGGGCUAAUUAUAAUGAGGAUACCACUAAAUUUCUGUGCCAGAUUUUAGGGAGUUGUAUAGGAUUUGAUGAGUUAGUAUCUAUUGAUGCUGCAACUAACUUUAGACAAACAAAUAAUAUAUACAAAGAUCAAUCUAAUAAAUUGUGGUUUCAUAAUUAUUGCAAAUAUGUAGCUACUAUUGUUAAAUUAUACAGAAUAUUUGGGCAAUGCAAUAUUCUUUUACAGUAUAUACAGUAUAAGGCAUAUAGACAUCUCUCUGAAUCUGAAGUACAGAAGAUAAUAAACAAUACAAACAAGGUAGGAACAAUUAAGUGGGUUUGUCUAUUCGGAUUAGAAUUAGGAUUUUUGGUUGUAUCUUUAGGUCAUUUGAUUUCAAAAUACCGAAAUAGAAAAGUAUGCAAGCUUGGCGAAAUUAACAAAUCCUGUGAUGCACUACUUUCUACUUUAAAUAUUCCAUUUUUAGAUUUAACUCUUAAAACCUUGGAUGAAAUAUUUCAAGCUAUUUUGAAUAAUAAUUUAAGUCCUGGAGUUACUUAUGAUAUAAUAACAGAGCUAAGGACAAAACUGGAUUUAAUUGAUGAAUUAGAGCAGACAAAUCUUAGCUUAUUAAGUAGUGAAGAUAAAAGUAAGAAUACCAAUGAAUCUAAUAAUAUGAAAUUAACUUCAACUAAAAGAAAUAUUCCACUAUGCUCUAUAGAUGCAAUACUUAAUAUAAAUAUUGCACUAGCUAUUAUGAGCCGAGUUUCAGGUAGCUGCUUGGAUAUAGAUAAAUUCUCCUACAUCUUUAGGAUAUCUCUGGAUUUGUCUGAAAAGUUAUAUUCUUUAUGUGGCAAGUUGAGUCUAGUGGGGGUUCAUUAUCCAAUAGAUUAUAGUUUAUAUACGUGGAAAAGCUCAUAUUGGUAUGAUAUAAUUCAAGGCAAAGAUAGCAAAAGCGAAGCUUUGAGUCACUUAGUGGAUUUACAAAAGUCGGCCUUCAAAGAUAUUACUAACUGUACUGUUCAAUUAAAUAAAAGUAAAUCUGAAGAUAUAAAUGCGACAUUUUUAUCUAUUUAUUCCAUAUUACAAAAACUAGAAUCAUCUUUUGAUAGUCUAAUUAAUCCUCUAGAAAAGACAAAUUCUGGUAAUGAAUCACUUGAAAUUAUUCUUAGCCGAAACAUUAGUGAAAAAAUCAAGGAAUAUCUAGAAAAUGAAGAUUCAAGUGAAAAUUCAAUUAUUCAAGAAGUAGAAGAUAUACCUACAAAUCAAGAUAUAUCCAACUCUAAGCAAAUGGAUAGCUUAAUAAUAGAUACCAGUUCUCAAAAUAUACCUAAACUACCCCAAUAUCAGAGUAUAAUGGAAAAUCCAAAAAAAGAGAGAGCAAAGGCUGAGAUCUUAUCCAGGCAACUAAGUGAAAAAGUACGUACUUUAGAGAAGGAGUUGGUAAACCAAAGAGUUUUGUAUAGUUCAUAUAAGACUUUAGAUGCAGAAUAUAAAAAACUCCAAAAUUUGAAGCAAGAUCUAAUGAGUAAAAUUGAAGUGUUUGAAAUUCAGACACAAAAGGAUGAGAAUCAAAUUAAACUUGAUGAGGAUAAUAUAAGAAAGUUAAAACAGCAAAUCGAUGACUUGCAAAAAAAUCUGGAAAUUCAGAAAAAUAUCCCUAAAAUUAAAGCUUAUAGCGAAGUAGAUGUUCUAGAACCUAUAUAUCUUAGAAAAUUCAUUCGUAUUUUACAAAAUAAGAUAUAUUUAAUGGAGAUGGAGAAGUGGCAACUUGAUUUAGCAAAAUAUAAUCCAAAUGACAGGAUGAAGCAAAUUUUGUAUUAUAAGCAAAUUCAGCAGUUUAGGCAAAUGCCAUUAUUAAAUUCUUUUGGAUGUAAUACUUUGGAUUCAUUAGCAAAAAAAUUAUUGGAUUUACAAAAUGAAAAAAAAAGAGUUGGAAAGGAUUACAAUUAUACAGGACAAGAUUUUAAGGGAUAUUUGGAAUUGGAAAAAGUUGAUAAUCUUGUCAGUACUCAAACAAGUGAUACAGAAGGAAACAAAACUCAACAAAGUGAAGAUUUAAAUACAAAAGAUAUUGGGAAACUAUUUACUGAUGUUACCAAUGAGCAUAAGACUCUAUUAAAUCUUAUAAGUGAUUUUAAGAAUAUACAGCAUGAAAUUUUGGUUCAUAGAUGUUCAAUGCCAAUAUUUGGGAUGACAAACUCACCAGAAAACAAGAAUAUUGUAGAUAUAUGGGAUAAAUAUACAAAGCAUGAUAUGGAAUUAAGAUAUCGCUUGAAAUUGCUUAAGAAGUCGGUACAGAGCAUAUUACUAGGAGUACAAGGUUUAAAUGGUACUAACAAAAGAGGAGUACCUAAUUUAAAUAAACAUAAUUCUCUGUUAACAUAUCCUCAGGAGCUAGGAGAUAUUGGGGAAUACAUAAGUAAUAUAAAUGAUCAACCUAUAUCAAAGAUGAUUUUAAAAUUACCUUCUAAAAGUACUAAAUAUAGUAGAAUAGACAAAGAGAACUUAGUUGUAACUCCAAGUCAGUGGAAUCAGAUAACUCACUAUCUUGUUCAUUUAUAA